GACUAACAUAAAAGCUUCUGACACAAUUAAGAACUGUUGUAAGAUCAACCUAUAACUUCUAAAAGUGGUACAUAUAUAUGUGCUAUGAUUAUUGUAUCUGUUUUGUUAUUUUCUAUUCCAUUUUACUAUGCAAUAGGAAUUACUAACCAAAACUCUAUUAAUAUCCAAACUGUCCUCUAUUACUCUUUACAAGUUUUCUGGUGGUAACAGGAGGAAAGCAAGUGUCACUUGGCUGCCUCAUUUUGCAAGAGCAGCUGACCUGACGUGACUUUGUACCUGGCUAAACAACCCCAGCUCCCUCAGCCGCUCCUCAUAAGACUUGUGAGGAGGCCGAGGACAGGUAAUUUCCUUUACCUGAGGACAGGUAGUUCCCACUUCUCCUUGAGGAUUCACUUGCUGUAGUGUCCAGUCUUGCCUGAACCACCAUAGGCUACUUGGAGGCUCUGGAUAACCUGGAAAAUCAUAAGGCAGCCGAGGACCUGCUGGUGUGAUGAUCAAUCAUUGUGUCCAUGCUGGCGGUUUCACAGAAAUCAGCGGAACCAGGAGACAAUGGAGGGAAUCUGGAACGGGGGCGGAACCGGAUCUGUGUGUGGACAGAGCCUGGGCAGUGAGUGGGCAGAGCCCAGCCCUUCCUCUCCUCAGGUGUUACAGACCAUCCAGGCAGAGCUUGAGGAUUUGACCCGGACCUUGAGGCAGGAGAGAGCUCAGAGCUUGCCACUGGCCAAAGCUCAUGUGUGUCUCUGCUCCUGAGCUCCUGUUGUGCCGAAGGAAGUCUGACAACUUGGAGAAGCCUGCCUGCAGCUUCCUGCCCUGCAGGCCCUGGGAUACAGCUUGGAAGAGCUGUUCUUGGAAGAACCUGUUGCUGCAAAAGCAAGGGCAACCCAAAGCGCCUCUGAAGUGUUCAAACGAGUGCUCUGGUUUUACAUCCCUGAUAGCAGAGAAGAGGAUAAGGAGCUACCGCCGGACCGAGCCCAGAUGCGCAAAACAAGCCAUCAUAUUAACUACUCUGAAGUCUAAGGAGUUUUGUGCAGAUCCAGAGGCUGAGUGGGUGAAGAAGAUUGUAGAGAAACUGGACCAGAAAAAGGCCACAGCCUCCCCACUUAGGCAUGAUGCCACCUCACCAGAAGAGGCUGGUGAUGUUCAGAAACAAGUUGGUCUUCCAGUAAGGGCUCCGUCUCAAGCCACUGCUCCAACUGGUUUCUUCCAAGGGACCAGCACAACAGCCUGGGAGAGAAUACAUGCUCCUGCUGCGAGGACAGAGGUGUCCAGCAAGUCCCCUCCAGCCAGGCAGGACAGCACCCAGCUCCCUGCAGGGUCACCCUCCGUGACACAGGAAUAUGCUGCACGCUCUGAGGUCGCUCCAGAAGCAAACAGAGACUCCUCAAAUUCUCCUGCAUCUUCAACAGCUCUCACAGCAGGCAUGGACUCCAGCCAGCCCACCCCACAUCCCACAGCUCGUGUGCAUGGCUUUUACAACACCAUGAGAUCUACAGAAGAAUGUGCAGGACAUACUGCAAAUGCUGCGGCUGAUGUUCAAGACACAACUUCUCCUGACUCAGAUUCGGACCCAAUGGCAACUACUAAAGGAUCAGACAAACCUCUGCUUUCUGCAAGUGAAUCUCUGGACUCUACAACUGCCAGGGCCAAUGCACCAGACACUGCUUCCAGCAGUUCUAGAUCAGAUCUCCCCUCCACCCUGGACAGUGUGGACAUUGCAACACCCCCAGACACACCAAUUCCACCAGACACUAGUUCAGUUUCUACUCUGAACUCCACCGUUGCCACAGACAAAGGGGCUUCUGUCCAUAGCAACAAGGUUGUUGGUUCCUCUACAGAUGGGUCUGGUACUAGAACAUUUGAUUAUUCAUCACCUGUAGGAAAGCAAGAGCCUUCUGAUACAUUAGUUUUUGCUGGCCAGGCAUUCUCAGGCCAAGCCAGGGUGCAGACGAUCACAGACAGGCCAGAUGAUCAACCUCUGUCCAGCUUCUUGUCUCAAACACACUUUGUCAUCCCCGUUUCUGUGGUAAGCGGGGUGACCAUUUGCACUGUUGCUCUUGUGUGGCUGUACCUGAAGUUUGGAAUGAGACCAGAAGAAUCGUCGAGAGAAAUGGUACAGGGCUUGCUCUACCAGAGGGCAGGACAUCAGAACAAUGCCUAUCCAAUGGAAGUAAUCUGAGUGCUUCAUGGCAUGGACAUUUUUGGCCUAAACUAUAUGUGUGUGUUACUGCAGAAAAGCUGUUUAUGCUGAACAGGUGACCACCGGUAGGAAGCAAGCCAGGGAAUAAAAAUACCAGAGCAAACCUGUAGUUUUGCAGAGCAGAAUGUCCAACAAUACAUCUGUUUCAUCAUUGACCAAUGACAGUGUUUUGGAAAUCAUUGAGACACUUCUUCUGGCACUGUUACACACGACGGCUGUGGCUGUUCUUGCUCUGCUGGUGGCUCUUUGCCAGGGGGUAGGCAGAAGUGGAUUCCCAAAUUGCUGUUGGGAAUUUUUCUGUGAUUCAUCAUGGCUAAGCCAAGAAGCCACUCACUCACCCACACUGUUGGACUCAGGCUCAGCCACCCCAAGCAAUCUUAGCACCAAACCCACACGAUUUGCACUUAAACUCUCUGCUGCUUCUCUGUGCUUCAGGUCUCUGCUCUGUCAGACCAAGGCCAAAGCUGGGUGCUGGCUCUCCUUGGGCUGAUCAAAUGUGCUCUAAUUAUUUCUUCUUGCUGCAGACACAAGGGAUAGCCCAGCUUUUCAGAAAGAGGUGACCAUAACUGCAUCUGAUCAGGGUGCUGAAGGUCAGUGCUACAGACUUCGUGUUCACAGAAGCUGGGAACCCACAAUCUGUCUCCUUGAAAUCAGGCCCUUCCUCUCAACAGCAUUUCUUGCAGAUGUGGUCUGAGACCUGCUCCUUAGGAAAUCAAUGCAAUGAAACCCUUCUGCCAGCUGAUGUGCCCUGUGUCCAGCUGCAUCCAACACCAGGGCAGGAUAAUGCAAAUGAUUCUUUGCAAAUGGGAGAAAACAAGAAGUCACCCAAUAGUGUUGCUAUUCCUGUGAUAACAUUGGAACACUUUUGCUGUUCUCUGCAAGCAAAAAAACCCAGGAAAUAAUCUCUUGGAGGAGCUAAAGACAAUUCUGGAUUUAGUCAUGUAGGAAUUACUCCACCACAGCAGAUGUAACAUCCUUCUGCUUCCAUAGUCUCUCUAGAAAUAAGGACAUUUGCUGAUGCACCAAACAAACAAACAAACAAAAAAAAAAAAAGAAGGAAAAAGCAAGAACAAAAUGGCUGUUCAUAGUUCUACACUUCAUCUGCAUUUUAGUUUUUCCAUCCUGGAUAGCACUGAUCACCAGGCUAUGAAAGCAUCCUAACAGUAAUAGGCUUUUUUUAAACCCAGGUUGAUUUUGAUUUUUACACCUCCAGGCACUGCUGUAUGUAAGCUUUAUGUUUUAUCUGUGGUCAGGUCCUGAAAGCCCUUAUUAGACUUCAACCCCAGUGUGAGUUUUGCUGGAGCGUGCAAAGGUCUUCACGAUAUGAUGCUUUGUGAGUAGAUACAUAUCAAGGGUCAGAUCCUCCUCUAACCAACCUCAGUGGAUCAGAUCCCAAAGUAUGAAUAUGCACGUAGAAAAAAAGGAAGGAAAAGCACAUAAUAAGCAAGAUCAUCAAAGCAAAAAUGAGGGGCCAGCUGUGAGGCAGAGCCUGAGGAAGGCAGCCUGUUAAACCCAUCAGAUCACCCCUUCACAGCACCCAUUCAGCCCUGCAGGUGGAGAGGACAGACAACAACUGUGUUUGUUUUCUGCCAUCAUACAACCCCUUCUUUCUACGUUUUUUUGACUCGAGAGAGGGGAGCCAGGGAUUCAUCUGGGGGUUUGCAAGUGUGGAAUGCAAUUAGAUUAAUUGCAUGUGGGGUGAAACCCUUCCUUGUGCAGCCCAGCUGUGGAACGCUGGCUGGCAAGGAUUUUCCUGGAGGGUGAAUCAGGGGCUGUCAGUGCCACGUCCCCAUCCACCCCACUUGUGCACAGUCGGGAUUUGUGAAGCACUGUAUGUGGCAUUAUUUUUAUAUAAAACACUAGAAAUGUUA